AUGAGUGCAGAGGAGAACAUAACCUCAAAGCCGCACAAUCGCCUCCGCAAGAAGCAGCCGCUUGCCUCCUUCCACAACUCCAAGCAAGCAACCCUCCGCCGCGCACCCUCGGCCCCGACCUAUCCCUCCUUCACCUCGUCGCCGUCCGGCGGAGGCUAUCACCAGCGCUCACCCACCAGGACCGACCAGCCGCCAAGCCCCUUCGCUGUUCAGCCUGCGUCGUCCGCAACGUCUUCACUUCGACACAAAGUGUCCAACAGCUCCGUGCACUCACCGUAUGUAGGAACGGCCACGCCCGCCUCGUCCUCGUCCCUCGACAAGCGCCCCACGCCCGAGCUGGUCGGUGCACCCUUCACCUUCGACACCCGCGCCAUUCUGGAGAACAUCAGCGAUUCGGCCGCCGCCAGCAACACCUCUCACCAGCCGCCACGUCCCCCACUGCAGCACGCUCAGACGGCCGAGCCCAAGUUUAAGUCGCCCAAACUCCGGCAGUCGGCCAGCUUCACGGCACUCGCCCGUAAGAUGGAGACCAUCACUCCCCCGCGAUCCGACGGCGGAGGUACCAAGAGCCCCCGCCAGCGCUACAGCGACGACGCCGAUGCCUCCAUCAAGAACCGGAAGUCGGACGGCGGGAAGAAGAAGGGCACCUUCUCCAGCUUCAUGAACAGCAUGCUAGGCUCUCCCCGCCGGCCCACCAUUUCAACCCCGACCAACCCCAUGCACGUUACCCACGUCAGCAUCGACAACAAGACAGGAGAGUAUACGGGCCUGCCCAAGGAAUGGCAACGCAUGUUGCAGCAAAAUGGCAUCACAGAGCAGGAGCAAAAGCAACACCCGCAGGCCGUUAUGGACGUCGUCACCUUCUACAAGGACAAUGCGGAAAAGAAUGGUGAGGACGCGAUAUGGGAUAAGAUGGGACCAGCUCAUCCACAGGCGUAUGCGUAUCAGGCAAGCCUCAGCCCAUACAACGGGUCGCUACAGCCGCUUCUCAGUCCUCCCCAGAGCCCUCGUUUCCCUCGAAAUGAUCAGGACAGCUUUGAGAAUCCGCGUGCUCCUCCUCCGAUUCCUCGUAGCCAUACUUCGCCAGGUAUCACGUCUCCGGGCUCACCUGCGAUCAAUGGCACUCUCAUUCCGAACAGGCCGGCUCCGAAGCCACCAGGUGCUCCAGUUUCUGCUAAUCUUGUCCCAACCAGGCCCGCUCCUCCAGCUCCCAGCCCAAUAAUAACCCAGCAGCCUGCUCGAACACCUCGCGACGAGAACGAGUUCCCGCAGGUAGCCUUCGCUCCCCCGACCGUCACAGAUAACUCCCAUGGACCACCUUCAGCGCCUCGCAGCCGGGCCAACACGACCGGUGGAACUCCACCCCGCUUCGACUCCCCGUCUUCUGCUACAGCGGCAAUCUCUCCUGCUCAGCAAUAUCAACAGCAGCAGCAGCAAGCUAUGGCUGCUGCUCAGCAGACAAUGUCGGUGAAGCAGCAGACGCAAUUGGGAAGAAGCGUGAGUCAGAGAGCACCACCGCCACAGCAGCAUCUUACUCCUUCUACCCCUGUGCCGCCGCAGCCAUCCCCACAACACCAGUUUACUCAACAAUCUGACCCACAGAAUAUCCCUCUUCCCUCACAACAACCCCGCGUUGGCCCGGCCCCACGGCCACGCCAACGUCCUCGACAAAGCCAAGGGCCAGAUAUUGUUGCUAAACUCAAUGCUAUUUGCACGAAUGCAGAUCCGACGCUUAGGUACCGGAAUCUUAAUAAGAUCGGCCAGGGUGCGUCCGGUGGGGUUUACACGGCGUAUGAGGUUGGCACAAAUAAAUGUGUCGCCAUUAAGCAGAUGAAUUUGGAGCAGCAGCCCAAGAAGGAUUUAAUUAUUAAUGAGAUUUUGGUUAUGAAGGACAGCAAGCACAAGAACAUUGUCAAUUUCAUGGACAGUUUCUUAGUAAGAGGGGAUUUGUGGGUUGUCAUGGAGUAUAUGGAGGGCGGCAGCUUGACGGAUGUGGUCACAUUCAACAUCAUGACUGAGGGGCAGAUUGCGGCGGUUUGUCGAGAGACACUGAACGGACUGCAACACCUGCACUCAAAGGGCGUCAUUCACCGAGAUAUCAAGUCAGAUAACAUUCUCCUCUCGCUUGAGGGCAACAUCAAGUUGACUGAUUUCGGGUUUUGCGCGCAAAUCAACGAGAGCCAUAACAAGCGGACGACCAUGGUUGGGACCCCAUACUGGAUGGCUCCUGAGGUUGUAACACGUAAGGAGUAUGGCCGCAAAGUGGACAUUUGGUCUUUGGGCAUCAUGGCGAUUGAGAUGAUCGAGGGAGAGCCGCCGUACCUCAACGAGAGCCCUUUGCGUGCUCUUUGGCUCAUUGCAACGAAUGGAACGCCGACGAUUAAGGAAGAGCACGCCCUUUCCCCAGUGUUCCGCGAUUUCUUAGGUUUUUCGCUAAAGGUAGAUCCGGACAAGCGGGCGAGUGCUCACGAUCUCCUUGUGCACCCAUUCAUCCAAAUCGCGGAACCGUUGAACACGCUAGCACCUCUAGUGCUAUCUGCGCGGAAGGCAAGAGCGGAGGAGAGGCGAAAGAAAGGCGGUAUGUGA